AUGGCACGUGUGCUGGUGCUGGGUGGUGCUGGCAUGAUUGGUCGUAAUUUUGUCAAAUACCUUAUAGAUCGUGAUUUAGUCUCUUCUGUGCGUGUUGCUGAUAAGACAAUGCCUGAAAUCUCAUACUUUAGCGAUGCACAUAAAAAGGCGUUUGCAGACGACCGCGUUAAAUUCGUCCAAGCCGAUUUGACUCGUGAUGCUCAUAUUGAGCGUGCUUUUGAGCCAGAAUUUGGUCCCUAUGAUUUUGUAUUCAAUCUCGCAGGCGAGUCCAAAUGUGGUCUCUCGGAUACAAUCUACGCUUCCAAAUGCCGGGAUGUGGCCGUAAAAUGUGCCAAAAAGGCCCAGGAAGUGGGUGUUAAACGCUAUAUUGAAGUAUCGACGGCUUUUGUAUACAAAUCGCAAGUUAAAAAACCAGCGAAAGAAGACGCUGAUUUACAACCGUGGACUCUACAGGCCAAGUACAGGCUAGAAGCAGAAGAAGAGAUUCGAAAUUUACCAGAUCUCAAGGUCGUGUUCCUUCGUCUAGCAACGGUGUACGGGUCAGCAGAUUCGAUGGGACUUAUGCCGAGAAUUGUCUGUGCUGCCUCAUAUGUGAAGCUGGAAGAAAAGAUGAAGCUGCUUUGGGAUGCAGAGAUGCGUGUCAACACGGUUCAUGUCUUUGAUGUGUGCCGAGCGUUGUGGCACGUUACGACUGCUGGCAACGAUGGAGAUAUCUACAACUUGGUUGAUAAGAAUGACACUAACCAAGGGAAGGUAAACGCUGUGAUGGAGGAGAUUUUUCACAUUAAGACCGGCUUCAUUGGCAAGCUGGUGUCUAAUCUGGCCCGCAUGCGACUCGCCGACGUUGUGGAUGAUGCUAACGAGAAGCAUAUGCAGCCUUGGGCCGAUCUGUGUGCGGAACAUGGUAUUACCAACACGCCGCUGACACCGUACAUCGACAAGGAGUUGCUGCAGCACAACCAUCUUUAUGCAGACGGCUCGAAGAUCGAGUCGACGGGCUUCCAGUACGAGUAUCCGACAUUGGAGGCGAAGGAAGUGCGUCUUGUGCUGGAAGAAAUGGUGCAGCAGAAGAUUUUUCCGCCAAUCUUGUCGUGA